AUGGCGAGCCCACCGCCGGUCUCUGAGGACCAAACCCGCCUCCUCGAGGAGGCAUUGGGGGUGGUGAGGCAACAGUCUGCCAUGAUGCGCAAAUGUCUUGAGACUCCGGGCAAGCUCAUGGAUGCGCUCAAAUGCGGAUCGACUCUCGUUUCCGAAUUGCGAACCCCAAGUCUCGGUCCGAAACAGUAUUACGAGCUCUACAUGGCCGUAUUCGAUGCUUUGCGACACCUGUCUGUAUAUCUUAAAGAGAACCACCCGGUCAACCACCUUGCGGACCUGUACGAGCUGGUCCAAUACGCUGGCAAUAUUGUUCCUCGCUUGUACUUGAUGAUCACGGUCGGCACAGUCUAUAUGUCGGUUGAAGAUGCACCUGUUAAGGAGAUCAUGAAGGAUAUGAUGGAGAUGAGCCGUGGCAUCCAACAUCCCAUCCGUGGACUUUUCCUCCGAUACUAUUUGUCCGGACAGGCGCGUGACUACCUUCCCUCAGGUACCAGCGAUGGCCCAGAGGGUAACCUGCAGGACUCAAUCAAUUUCGUCUUGACCAAUUUCGUGGAAAUGAACAAGCUCUGGGUUAGGCUGCAGCAUCAAGGUCCCUCCAGGGAGCGGGAGCGACGGAUACAAGAGCGGCGCGAGCUUGAAUUGCUGGUUGGUAGCAAUAUUGUUCGAUUGAGCCAGCUGGUGGACCUGGAAGCAUACCGGUCGGGAAUUCUGCAGGCGCUUCUGGAGCAGGUGGUGCAGUGUCGGGAUGUGCUGGCGCAAGAAUAUCUCCUCGAAGUGAUCACGAAGGUUUUUCCAGAUGAAUUCCAUCUCCACACCCUGGACCUCCUCUUGUCCGCCAUUUCUCGCCUCCAUCCGCAUGUCGAUCUGAAGAAAAUCAUCAUCGGUCUGAUGGAUCGCCUAUCAAGCUACGCCACCAAAGACAACGAAUCAGUAGUUGAACCCGAAGCACGAAAACAGAAUGAAGAGGAAGCCGUUACCCGACUUUUGGAAAAGCUCGAGCUUGAUAAGGAGAAGAAGAAGCAAGCAUCCGCCGAAGCGGCGGCCGCGAACGCGACACAGGAGAAUGGCACCGAAGAGCCAUCUCAAAACGAGGAGCCCUCUAAGCCAACAAAGGAAGAACCCCAGGACCAAAAUGCUAAUGGGGAAGAUUCAAAGCCUGGAGUCCCAACUGAAGUCAAGCUAUACGAUAUCUUCUACGAACAGGUGGUCAACUUGAUCAAGAAGGGCGCCUUGUCAAUUCAGGAUACCAUGGCACUUCUGGUAUCCCUUGUCAAUCUUGCAUUGAAUAUCUACCCGGAAGAAUUGCAUUAUGUCGACCAGGUGCUUGGUUUUGCGGCUGAAAAAACCGCCGAAUAUACCGAUCACGCCGACCUCCACUCGGCACCGACACAGCAGCACAUUCUUCAUCUCCUUAGCGCUCCACUUCGUUCCUAUGUUUCGAUCUUCACAGCGCUCGCUUUGCCACACUAUCUUCCCCUUUUGACGUCCCAAUCAUACCCUACGCGGAGAGCGAUUGCAGGCGAGAUUAUCCGAAGUCUUCUCAAGAAUAGGAUUCUCAUCACCACUACUGAGAAUCUUGACCGUGUGCUGCAGGUCGCUCGCGUUUUGAUCAAGGAGGGGCUGCAGCAGUCGGCUGGAUACCCAGGAGCUCCCUCCCAGCGCCGUGGAGGAGAGACAGAUGAGACAAUUGAGGAGCAAGGUUGGCUCGCCAGACUAGUACACUUGAUCCAAGCACCCGAUAACGACACUCAGCUCAAGCUUCUUCAAGCGACUCGUAAAGCAUACACGGAUGGAAAUGAACGCAUUCGGUACACUACACCCGCCAUUAUCACCGUCUCGAUUCGCUUAGCUCGAAAACUGAAGUCGCGUGAGCACUAUGACGACAACUGGCAGUCACAGUCGUCGGCUUUGUAUCGCUUCAUGCAUCAGUGUGUCAACAACUUGUACCAGCGAGUGAACCCUGGCUGUGCAGAUCUCGCGCUUCGACUAUUUGUGAUGUGUGGUGAAGUCGCAGAUCAGACUGGCUUUGAAGAGGUUAGCUACGAAUUCUUCGCGCAGGCUUUCACUAUCUAUGAGGAUGCAAUCAGCGAUUCGCGCGCCCAAUUCCAGGCUGUGUGCAUCAUUGCGGGUGCCUUGCAUGGAACCCGAGGCUUCUCCAAGGAGAAUUACGAUACCUUGAUCACAAAGGCUGCUCUCCACGGCAGCAAGCUUCUCAAAAAGCCAGAUCAGUGUCGUGCAGUUUACCUUGCUAGCCACCUCUGGUGGGUCGUCGAGAACCCCCAGCGUGGAGAGGAGGACCCUAAAAACCUUUACCGUGAUGGGAAACGAGUCCUAGAAUGCCUUCAGCGGGCCCUCCGUGUCGCCGAUGCCUGCAUGGACACCGCCGUUUCUGUUGAGCUCUUUGUCGAGAUUCUCAACCGCUACGUGUACUACUUUGAUCAACAAAACGAAACCGUCACCACCAAGUACCUCAAUGGUCUGAUUGAGCUUAUCCAUUCCAACCUGCAAACUAGCGAGGAUGAGCCUAAUCCCAGUCUUGAUGGCCCCAAGCGCCAUUUCGAACGCACGCUUGAGUACAUCAAGUCUCGGGACUAUGAAGGUGUGGUGACGGAGCGACAGUAG